AUGUGGCGCCUUGGGCUGUUACUCUUUGGCUCCAUCUCCAUGGGAGGCUGCUGGGGGGUCCACUUACAGUUUUCACGGGUGAUGAAAGUUCGAGGUCGGAAAGAUUCUGCCCUUUUACGUUGGGGGGUCGAUAGACACAGGGAGCAGAUUGCCUUGGAGGUUCAGGUCCCAAGGGCUUCAUGGGUGGCUCUGGCUCUGAAUCUUGAGAGGAACCUGACCGGCUCCGAUGUUGUUAUUGGCGGCUGGAAUGGAGACACAGAGAUAUUCUAUGAUGCUCAUAUUGACUCCCAAUGGCCCCCAGUAAGGGACAACUCCCAGGACUAUGAGUUACUGGAGCUGAGGAGGAACGAGACCCACAGUACCCUCAGGGUGUGGCGCAAGUGGUUUACCUGUGACCCACAGGACUAUGACUUUGAGGAUUGUACCACCUACGUGACUGCGUAUUUUGGAGAAAGUCCGGAUCUGCGGGAUGGGGCAGAAAACGCUUUCUCCAAGUCCAUAUAUUUCAUGGAGAUUAAGUCUGAGGUGCAACUGCCCAGCGAGCUCCUUUACUAUGAUAUAAAGAGGGAUGAUUUUCUGAUACCAGAAGAAGACACCACCUACGCAUGUUCCUUCAUUCCAUUGCCUCAAGUUGCAACAAAACACCACAUUGUAAAGUAUGAGGUGAAUAUUGACCCCCAAAGCGACGGCAUCGUCCACCACAUUCUGAUUUACGCCUGCGACGCCAACGCAGAGAUUGUGCCUGAGGUUGGCGACUGCUACGGGAGUGACAUCCGCUAUUCCCAGUGCCUGAAUGUCAUGUUUGGCUGGGCUGUGGGGGGAGAGGACUUUUUUUACCCAGAAAUUGCUGGUGUGUCCAUUGGUACCAAGUAUGACCCUCAGUACGUUCGGCUUGAAAUCCAUUACAGCAACUUUGAUGGAAUCUCAGGUAUCAGGGAUAACUCGGGAAUUAGGGUUUCUUACACCCCAGAACUUCGGCAACUUGAUGCAGGCAUCCUAAUGGCGGGGGUCCUAACCUUCCCCAUUCAGUUCAUCCCCCCCGGAGCCGAGGCCUUCAGGAGCUACGGUCUCUGCGACACUGGAAUGAUCCCGCAGUCAUUGGAUGAGCCCACGGGGGAUCUCACGGCUUACGCUUUCCUGUUACACGCGCACCUGACGGCACAUGGGAUCCGGUUACUGCAUUACAGGAAUGGCACCCACAUUGGCAGUCUGGGCGAGGACAAGUCCUACGAUUUUGGCUUCCAACAAAUCCGCUAUUUCCCUAAACCUAUUGAUAUAAAAAUGGGGGACCAGAUUGUGGUCGAAUGCACAGGGAGCACGAUGGACCGAGACUCUGUGACCUACGGGGGUCCCAGCUCCCUGAAUGAGAUGUGCCUGGGCUUUCUCUUUUAUUACCCCAAUAUUCCUAUCGCCACCUGCUGGAGCUUCUAUGACCUGAACCAUGUGACUGAUGCUUUGGGGUUGGAACCAGAGGAGAGUGUGAUGGACGCCAUUUUCUCCAUGGAUACAGUAGACUGGGACGAUGAGACCAGAGCAAAGGCCCAGAGAGCCAUCAUGGAGUCCAAUCACACAGUCGUUAUCCAGAACCGCAGGUGGCUGCUGCCUUUGCCCUAUGUGCCCCAAGCUGAGGGUCUGGGCCGGUGCACCUCUACUUGGUGA